AUAUAUUAUAAUUAUAAAUAUCUUAUAAUCAAUGUCUGUACAUAUACAUACACAAUGAAGAAACUGAUUUUUCUCUCUGCUAAAGGGUAAUGCAGAUUUCUGUAGUACAUUUAGCAGUUGCCAGGCAACGGCUGAUUGUCAACGUUGACAUAACCUCUUGUUAUUUUCAUUUGUCAUGAUUUUGCAUUAAUAUAUCAAUAUAUAUUUUAGCAAAAUGUAAAACAGCGGAAAUAAUCGAAUAAAUGAAACAAGCAAUAAGUAAUGUAAUAUGUCAGCGACGAUUCCUGCACGUCGUUUAUCACAACGUGGACCGGAGCACUUUUUAUGUUCAGCUGGACGAUGAAUCACGAGCAGUGUUACGAUACAAAACUGAAGGAAAAAUCCUGUACAUGCAAUCGGUGACUGUUCCUACAGACUAUAAAGGCCAAGGUUUAGCACGACUCUUAGCUGAGACAGCAUUUACCUAUGCUAUAGUAAAUAAUUAUUAUAUGUACUUGAGAUGCGAGUACUUGCAGAAGUAUUAUCGUGCUGUGAAGAAUUCUGAUCUGGAGGAACGUAUUGUUGGUCCGCCUCAUAUUCUCGAAGGUCCUGAUUCAGUGAAGUUGGAUCCUGAUACUAUCGAUAAACUGCCAGAUCCUGAAGAUUUCAAGUUUUGAUGACUCG